AGGAAGUGUUUUUCUGAUGUUAUCGGUGUCCUGUGAGCUUCAUAUUGAGAAACAGUAACUGCGAAGCCGAAUUAUCGUUUCAAAUCCAACAUCUUCUCCAGCGGUCAACACACAUGGGGACUUUAAAUCUUGAGUGAAAAUGACCAGUAGAAGAGCGUUAUGCGUGUUGAUCUGUGUGUUUUCCAUACGUUUCUGUGUAUCAUCUUUGAACAGAGAUGUAAAGCGUGUUUUCAGCAUUAAAGAACUCACCGUGACUGGAGAAAACCUGACGCAUUGUGGAAACCAGAAGAACGUGUGUGUGAUGGACGGCAUUGACUGUAUCUCCACCGUGUCAGGAGGAACUCUUAAUGUUUCUCCAUCUCUUGAGAACUUUGUGAACACAUCAUGUCAUUAUCUGCUCCACGAGAGGUCUCUCACCUGCCGAUGGAUUCGGUUGAAUAAAGACAAAACAGGAAUCAUCAACACCUUCAUUAUCAGCCGAGCAAAGAACAUCAUCCACUGUCCCUCCAUUUUAAAUUAUAAUUCUAUAUUCAAUUUAACCAUCAAAUCAAAGGAUGUCUUCAACCACAACGAGAUCUUCUCUGCUGUCUAUACAGUGAACCUUACAGAAAUUAUUCAAGCUCCGCGGCCAAACGUCACAUCCGUUAACCCCACAAACACAUCACUGACCAUCACAUGGACCAGCGGGACAAGUAAAAUUGAUAAAUGCCUCAUCCGUUACAAACGUCUCAACGAGUCAUGGACAAAGACUGAAGCUUUUACCCCAUCUGUCGAGUUUCGGUUUGUCAUUGAUGGUUUACAGCCCUUCACUGAAUACAGUUUGAGCAUCUCCUGUGUUCAUGAUUUGGGUCAGUGGAGCGACUGGAGCUCCGAGACUCGAAUGAAGACAUCAGAGAGCCGGCCGACAGCACCUCCUGCAGUCAGUUAUUAUGUAUCUUCAGAUAAAGACUCGAGGACUCUACAGCUGUGGCUCCUCUGGAAGGCUCUGGAUAUCACAGACGCUCGAGGGCUCAUUCGAGGGUAUGAAGUGUCCUACGUACCCAUCAAUCAUCCCUCUAUGAGAAAAGUCGUUAACACGUCUGAUCUGAAGACAGUUGUCUUGAUAAUGGCUGAAGAAUAUGACGUCACUGUAGCCACAUAUAACAGCGCUGGACCGUCACCAUACCGUCAAAUCAGAGUUCAUGCAGAUCUUCCUCAAGAUGUGCCGGCAGUGAAGGGUCUCUGGGUUUAUUCUGAGGGUUCCUCAUUACGAGUUAACUGGGAACAUGAAUUAACCACAAUAAACGUGAGUGAGUUUGCCAUCGAAUGGUGCUCUACUGAAAACAACAAUGCCAGCCGCUGGAAACGAGUGAGCGGCUCCACAUUUACAACCAUUCUGACAGGCAUCAGACCAGACAAAAUCUACAACAUCAGUGUUUACUCCAUUUCUGACACUCUCUGCAGCCACCCCACAUCCAUCUCUGCUAAUCUACAACACGGCACUCUGCUGGAUCUUGUGCGGUUUCGCCUUGUGAAUGUGACUAAAUCAUCGAUGUCAGUGCAGUGGGUUUGGCAGGAAACAAAGUUGAGCAUUAAUGUGCUUCAGUACAGACUCGUGUUGAAUGGAAACCAUGAAACACAGUCUCUCCAAAUCUUUCCAAAUACACAUCAGCACUCGUUCUAUAAUCUUCAGGCCAACACCAGAUACUCUGUGUUUAUACACGGAGAAACCACGACUGGAAAUUUCUCAAAGGCCAGUUUAGCUGUUAACACGCCACUUCUAGAUUAUGAUGAGAUCAUAAAGUUGGCUGUUCCAGUGGUCUUCCUGCUGCUUAGCUUCGGGAUUUUCUUCAUUUUAACAAGGACUGUAUGCAAGCAAUAUUUCUUCCCAAACAUCGCAAACCCCAGCUACAGUCUGAUUGGUCGCUGGCUCCUCAAUCAUCAUUAUGAGGGCGACAGUAACAUGUGUGUGCUGCAAUUGGAUAGUUUUUUCGUGGUGGACCAACAGAUGGAGAAGAUACAUGUUGAUCAUCACGUGUCUGUGGUUUCAGACGAAGAGGAUUUGAUUCCAUCAAAGAUAUUCUCAACCUGUAAAGGUACAACUCAAACCUCAUGGAAAUCCAAUUGCGACUAUCUAGAAAACACCCAGACGCCCUCUAGUGUGCCGGAGUACAUCGAUUUACCCAUAAUUCCUGCUAAUUUGGAUUACGUUCAAAAUGGACAGAUUCCCGGUUGAGGUCUUAUUUCAGAGAAAACCUCAAACUGACCUCUACCUUUAUCUCCCAACGUUUUCAGACUGUGAAAGACUCUCGCAACUUUCACUCGUCGCUGUGGCGUGUGCGGUCGUGAAGUUCUCUAUACUCUAUAUUUGUGUGUUGACCACUACGUGUGCUUUAGCGGACUGCACAAACGAUGACUUGAGGCUUGUGUGAAUAAUGAAAACUCUGAUAUUCCAGACAGAAAACACAUGGAGUCACCUUGUAUUGCAAAAGCACACUAUUGUGUAAUAUUACUUAAACAU